CAUAGUGAUGCAUAAGAUUAACACACUACAGAAAAUAACUUAGAGAAGAAAGCAAUAAAUACCUUUUUCCGGCAGCCAUGGAACCCCUCCGGUGGGUUCUUUUAGCUUUAUUCAGCACUCUAGCCACCGCCAGGGUCAGUGUGGCCUUCCCUUGGAAUCCGUGGUCUUACUACUCACCGCCCGAGUACAAGUCGCCGCCAGAGUACAAGUCGCCGCCGGAGUACGACUACAAGUCGCCACCAUGCGAGUCGCCGCCGUAUAAGUCGCCGUCGUACAAGUACGAGGCGACUCCGCCUUAUGAGUAUAAAUCGCCGCCGUAUAAAUAUGAAUCACCUCCGCCACCUUAUAAGUACGAAUCACCUCCGCCACCACCUUAUAAAUACGAGUCACCACCUCCACCACCUUACAAGUAUGAAUCACCUCCACCACCACCUUAUAAGUAUGAAUCACCUCCGCCACCGCCCUACAAGUACGAGUCACCACCUCCGCCACCGUACAAAUACGAAUCGCCUCCCCCACCGCCCUACAAGUACAAAUCACCACCUCCUCCACCCUACAAAUAUGAAUCCCCUCCACCUCCUCCCUACAAGUACGAAUCACCACCACCUCCGCCAUACAAGUAUGAGUCACCUCCUCCACCACCAUAUAAGUACGAAUCACCUCCACCUCCGCCAUACAAGUACGAGUCACCACCUCCCCCACCAUACAAGUAUGAAUCACCUCCACCUCCGCCGUACAAGUAUGAGUCACCUCCACCUCCACCAUAUAAGUACGAGUCACCACCUCCCCCACCAUACAAAUAUGAAUCACCUCCACCUCCACCGUACAAAUACGAGUCACCACCUCCCCCACCAUACAAAUAUGAAUCACCUCCACCUCCCCCGUACAAGUAUGAGUCACCACCUCCUCCGCCAUACAAGUACGAAUCACCUCCACCUCCGCCAUACAAGUAUGAGUCACCACCUCCCCCACCAUACAAGUAUGAAUCACCUCCACCUCCGCCAUACAAGUACGAGUCACCUCCCCCACCUCCAUACAAAUAUGUAUCUCCACCUCCUCCUCCUUACAAGUACGAGUCACCACCAUACAAAUACGAGUCUCCGCCAUACAAAUAUGAGUCUCCACCAUACAAAUACGAAUCACCACCCUACAAAUAUGAGUCACCACCCUACAAGUACGAGUCUCCUCCUUACAAGUAUGAGUCACCACCAUACAAAUACGAGUCUCCCCCAUACAAAUAUGAAUCUCCCCCAUACAAGUACGAGUCUCCCCCAUACAAAUAUGAAUCUCCCCCGUACAAGUACGAAUCUCCCCCGUACAAAUAUGAAUCUCCCCCGUACAAGUACGAGUCUCCCCCAUACAAAUAUGAAUCUCCCCCGUACAAGUACGAGUCCCCUCCAUACAAAUAUGAAUCACCACCCUACAAAUACGAGUCACCACCCUACAAGUACGAGUCUCCUCCAUACAAAUACGAGUCUCCUCCAUACAAAUAUGAUUCACCACCCUACAAGUACGAGUCUCCACCCUACAAGUACGAGUCUCCUCCAUACAAAUAUGAUUCACCUCCCUACAAGUACGAGUCUCCUCCAUACAAGUACGAGUCUCCACCCUACAAGUACGAGUCUCCUCCAUACAAAUAUGAUUCACCACCCUACAAGUACGAGUCUCCUCCAUACAAGUACGAGUCUCCUCCACCCUAUAAGUACGAAUCCCCAACAUACAAAUACGAGUCACCACCAUCUCCUCCAACUAAGUAUUAGAGUUUUAAACUUCCUUAAUCACAAUCUCACCAUACAUCAUAAACUAAACACCACCAUUAAGUCUUACUUCAAAUUGCACUACUUGUCUUGUGUUGUUCUUUCCGUUGAAGCUCCAUUCAAAAAUAAAGUUCUUUUUUACAUUCGAGUCCUGUAAAAUGUCCAUUCUUGCCAAACAUGCCCAUGGAAGUGCAGUCAAAUGAAGCAUCUGGCAGAAGGAAAGAAAUUACAGAGGAACAUCCUUCCUUUGCAGCCAUUGUAUCUCUGAGUCUAAUGUAUUUCCAUGUGACCCAUGUUCCUGUACUUUCAUAUUAUACGAAUGAAAUAAAAUUAAUUUGUUUUGUGUUA